AUGACAAGGCAGAUUUCUUGGAAGAAUUGGAUUUUUCGAAAAACUCCGAGAGAAGAAUAUGUUUUGAAGGUAAUUUUGGGUUGAAAAUUUGAUUUUUAGGGUAUUCGAGAGGUGCUUGUUCAUUGAGGAUAUUAAGUUUGGUAGGAAGAGAUAAAAAAUUUCAUGGAUAAUAUCCGAACCUCUCAUGGAUAAUAUAAAAAUUGCUCUAAAAUUGAGGGCUCAAGUUGUCUAAGGGUUCUAAAAUAAAUUUCACGACUUUAUAUACCGUUUUUAUCAUCCUUUGGCCAUCUAAAGAUGGUGAAUUUUGCUUGAAACACAAUGCCAAGAAUUUUGAAAACUCGAAUUUUUUGAAAAAUUUUCGCCAAAAAAAUCAGAAAUAACAAAAAUUCAAGUGAUUUUAGGACAAGACCUUACGUUUGCAUCAUGAUCACUAUAUUUUUUACAAAUAUUUGAAAACUUUUCGCGAAGACGCCGAUGCCACGGAAUGGGAGAGAAUUUUGCUCGCUGUGGAUGGAAUUGUUGGUCCAUGGAACUUGAUCCUGCUCCCGUAUUACUGUAUUCUACAUGGCGGAGGUAUUUUGUAACCAAUUUUUUAUUUUGUAAAAUUUUUUUGAUUUUUUUUAAUUUCUCAAUUUUUUGAUGGUUUUGAGCCGAAAAUUUGAUAUAACGCAAAAAUUUCCAAAGAUUAUUGCUAAAUUUGUUGAGUAAAACGUUCUUUACAGUCAACUUCAUGAUCCCAUAUGCGAUUGUCUACUUUUUCGUCGCCAUUCCACUCUAUUUUCUCGAAUUUUUACUGGCCAAAAUCACAAAACUGGGUCCCGAAAGGGUUUUGUCGUUUCUAAACCCAACUUAUCGAGGUAAGCUGCCUAAAUAUCUUGUGUAAUGUCUGUCUCAGGUAUGACGGUGGCUAUCUAUGUGGUUGGGCUGCUGCAAACAAUUGUUUUCGGGACUUAUGGAGUGAAAUUCCUCGAAUUAGCCAAAAUCCAGCUGGAUAGUAAGAAAUUUUUAAAAUUUUGCUCCAAGAAACACUCGAAUUGAUGUCUAAAACAUCUCUUCUUUCUAGAGAGUCAAAAUGUAGAGCUGGAUUUGGUCAGUCACACCUGGAUCAACGGCUUAUUGGAGGAAGGUUGCGAUGAUAACGAGAUUUUUGGAUGUUUUCCUAUAAAGUAGGUCGAAAAAGUCGAUUUUAUUAAUGAAAUUGUUAAUAAAAGUAAAAAUAAAGAAGUGUUGAAGCUUCAGAGAUGUUUAUUUCGCUAAAAAAUAAUUGAAAAUCAACUGAAAAUAAGCAAAAAGGCAUUACUUCCCAUGCCGGGAAUCGAACCCGGGCCGCGUGGGUGAAAGCCACGAAUCCUAACCACUAGACCACAUGGGAGACGGCGCUGGGUGUCUUCGUUUCUCUCCAAACAAAAGGAAAAGGGGAAAUGGAUGGAGUUGAGCUUGUUUUAGCCUAUUUUUAGCGAUUUAAAAAUUUAAAAAUUGCAAUAAUUUUGUUUUUAUUGUAUUUCAGACAUCUUAGACUUGUUUUUCUCCAAUUUUCAAAGGUUUUAGCAGUCAAUUUUAUCAGAAAUAGGUAAAAAAUCUCAAAAUUCCCCGAUUUUUUUGAUAAUACGACCAUAAUUUUUUAGAAACUACGCCGACUGUCGCCGCAAUCCCAUUCAGGAAAUUUGCGAUCCAUUUUGGGCCUCUGAAAAUGAUCGAUAUUAUCAAGUGUCGCAUGGUUUCACCCCAACUUUCCAAUAUAACCUCGAGAACAGCUCCAUUUUGAAUCCCCAUCAAUUUACAGCUGACGUGGAGCCAUUUCCCACCACGCAUUUUGUUUUCUGGGCCCUAGUUACUCUUCUCUCACUGGAGACCGCCUCAUAUGUCGCGAAAUUCAGCUUGGUCCUGAAGAUUUGCGGAAUCACCAUGUUGGCAGUCUGCGCCCACACUGCGUACAAAAAUCACGGUGGACGGGAGGGUUUGAAGUUCUUCUAUCAAGCAGAGGUGCAGAGGAUCUUUGAAAACACUUUGUGGCCAAAUGCUGUGGGACUGGCGUUCAUGUCGCUGAGGUGAGAGGAGUUAUAUUGUACUUGAUAUCAACAGCUAAAAUAAGGAAAUUUUAAGAAAGUUUUUUACUUUUUAUUGUUUUAGAUUUCGUAUUUCAGCUGUUGCAACGGUUUCCUCCACAAGAUUGGGUCAAUUUCGAAGAGACGAUCAAGAACUGCACUGAAAACUCUGGCUGUGGUCAUUAUAGCUGAUUGGAGUGUAAAAAGUAUUGUGAUCACCCUAUUUUACUGCUCGGUUGGCGUCGUGGCUGGUGAGUUUCAUUUUCCUACGCCUUAAUUUACUAUGCAUUUCUGAAAAACUGCGAAUUUUGAAUGAUUUUCAAAAAAUUUUUGGUCUCACCACGAAAACUUGACAUCUUUGUUUAGACCUUUAAAUGGCUUCUAAACGUUAUUUUUGAACAAGUUAUACCCUUUUUGACCUUUUUAGGACAAUAUUUUUGAAAGAAGUUUUGAUUUUUACAAUUUUUUUGGUCUCGUCACGAAAACUUGGCAUCUUUGUUUAGGCCUUAAAAUGGCUUCUAGAAGUUAUUUUUAAACAAGUUAUACCCUUUUUGGCCUUUUUAGGACAAUAUUUUUGAAAGAAGUUUCGAUUUUUACAAUUUUUUUGGUCUCAUGACGAAAACUUGGCAUCUUGGUUUAGGCCUUUAAAAGGCUUCUCAAAGUGCUUUUCAGCCAAGUUAUACCCUUUUUGGCCUUUAGGACAAAUUUUUGAAAGAAAUUUUGAUUUCUACAAUUUUUUUGGUCCCACCACGAAAACUUGGCACUGCGUUUCAGACCUCUAAGUAUGUUUUAAAACUGAUUUUAGUCACACUACACCCCGAUUGGAGCCCCGCAAACGCAAUAAACGAUUAUUUGAGGCAAGGAGGAGUACUGUCAAUUACUGCGUUCCCGGAAUACAAGUUGAUCUCGGAAAAGUUUUUACAAUUCGACAGAACAAACUUGAUGUUUUAUUUCCUAGUCCUGGUCUUGUUCUGCGCAAGGACUUGUGUAAGUUUGAGUAGAUUUUUUUGGAUUUUUUGAGGGUUUUUUCAAAAAUUUUUGUUACAGUAACCCAAGUGUGUGAUAUUUGGAUCGGAAGUGGGAAAAAUUUAAAAUUUUUUUCGAUUUUUGAGUUUAAAAUUUCAGGCUUGAUUAGAAGUAAGGUGCACAGUAUUUCCAGAAGAAAUUAGUCUUUUCCCAGUGCUAUGCGAAAAAUUAUAGAUGAAAAAAGUUUUUUUUGUCUGGCCGACUCUCCUCAUUUUCUAUGCUCUCUUGGAAAAAAGAUUGCAAAAUAUCUCGGCUCUCCAUUUAAGUUGUGAUCUAAAAUUUCUAGCGGUUGCUUUGGGGGUCGUUCAGAGUCUGUGUGCCAAAUUUGGAGUUAAUUGAAAUAUUGAACUUACCCUAUACAGUGACGGACCUGAUUCAGUGGCAAACAACGUGCCAUUUUGCAUCCAGGAAGUAUCAAAAAAUGUAGCAAAAUACACCUCCCUCUCCAACUAAAAAUACUCUGUUUUGAAGGGCGCUUGGAAGCGUUGCGAAGCCACCAAGAAAAAUCAUCACUAAGCGUUACGGUAUUCCAAAAUGCGCCAUGGUUUUACAUCAAAAAAAGUGAAACAGACACUUUUUGAAAGUUGGACUUAUAAAUCAGCUAAACCGAAAGCUCGGAUGCUAAAAAUAAAGCUGAGUGUCCUAUGAAGUACCAGCCUUGAUAAUUUACAGUGACGGACCUGAUCCAGUGGCAAAAAACGUACCAUUGUGCAUCCAGGAAGUAUCAAAAAAUGUAGCAAAAUACCUCCCUCUCCAACUAAAAAUACUCUGUUUUGAAGGGUCCCUCACAAAAAGGGCGGACGACCUUUUGAAAUCGGAGUUUUUUCACUUGAAGAGGGAAGUAUUUUGCUACAUUUUUUCAUGCUUCCCGGAUGCAAAAUUAUACGUUUUUUGUCACUGGAUCAAGUCGGUCACUGUAAGUUCCCUAUAUUUUUUCAAUUUCCCCCCUUUUCCAGAGCCUCUAUCUCCUCGAACUCGAGAGUUUGAUCCAAAAUGGCGCCACAGUCCGGCUGAUUUGCGGAGGUAUUGCCUCAAGUAUCAGCAGAUUCGGCCUAAUCACGAUCUGUGGCAUCUUUUUGGCCCUAAUUUCGGUUGGAUUCGCUUUUCCAACCACUUUUUUGGCGAUUAUGCCCAUUCAAGACGGCCUCGUGGCCAGUGUUGUGGUAGUGGCGACCGGUGAACUCUUGGUGAUUGGGUUUGCGUACUCGGUGAAGAAGUUUUUGGAGUGAGUUUGGAUUAAAAACAAGGUCAAAUUUUUUUAUCGCAAAAAAAAUUUUUUUUUCACAAGGAAAGUACUUCUAUGGGGUGUGGAAUUACCGGUCGAGAUAUAUAUCAAAAAAAUCGCAAAAAUUUUCUGAUUCAGAAUAUAUAAAAAUUAGCUGCCUAAUUUUGGUCUAUCAGCGAGUUUUUUCAAUAAAUGUUUUUCUCGAGGAAAAAAAUCUGCGGCAACAAAAGCGAGCUCGGUCUCUUCCUUCGGAAGAGAGCGGCGUGGCCGAGUGGUUAGAGCGCUAGAUUGGGAAUCCGAGGGGAACGGGUUCGAUUCCUUUUGCCACACUAGAACCCAUUUUUACAUUGGAACUACUUUUAAGGUGUAGUUGUAAUCCAAUUUGAUAUUUUAAGGCUUGUCAAGGCCUCAGAAUUUAUUUUAGCACAAAACAAAAAUUUUUUAUUGGUAAAAACACGGUCAAAAAGACACUUGCAUGGUGUCGCGAGAAAACUUCUGAGGACAAAAACAUGUCAUUAGACCAAAAUUAGGCAGCUAAUUUAUAUAUAUUCUGAAUCAGAAAAUUUUUGCGAAUUUUUUGAUAUAUAUCUCGACCGGUAAUUCCACACCCCAUAGAAGUACUUUCCUUGUCAGAGAUAUCGAUUUUUACACUCUCCCGGCCUCAACGCCUGUGCAUUGGUUCCUGUCGAUCCAAGCCACGGUCUUCAUUCCGUCCGUUUUGUUGGUAAGUUGCCUAGUGUAAUAUAAUCAAAAUUGGAAAUUGAGCCCAAUUUUGGUGUAGAUAGGUCAGUCUUGACUUGUCGAUGAUGUUUAUGAAAUUUCAGUCCACGGUGGUUAGCCAAGCCACGGACUUUUCGGACCUUGUCUACGGGGACUUUCGGUUCCCGGCCAGUUUGAAGGUGAUUGAAUAUGUGAUCCCGUUCAUUGUGCUGAUGUAAGUUUUAAGGUGAUAUAUGUUGCCAAGAUGGCUUGUCACGAACCUCAUAGGAGGUUGUAUAGUUUAUUUUGCAUUUGGGUCAACUGUUUCUCUCUUGGGUCAACUGUUUCCCGCAAGGGUCAACUCUGUUUUUAUUAGGUUAACUUUUGCUCUGCCGAGUCAGGUGCUUCCUUCUAUGAUGUACUGUUCGAUUCUAGGGUCAACUAGUCAUUAUUUGGGUCAACUGUUUCUCUCUUGGGUCAACUGUUUCCCGCAAGAGUCAACUCUUACUUUAUUGGGUAAACUUUUUCUCUGUUGGGGCAAGUGCUUCCUUCUAUGAUGUACUGUUAAAUUCUAGAGUCAAUUAGUCAUCAUUUGGGUCAACUGUUUCCUUAUUAGGUUAACCUUUUCUGUAUUGAGUCGGGUACCUCCAUCUAUGAUCUACUCUUUUUUUCUAUGGUCAAAUAGUCAUCAUUUAGGUCAACUGUUGCUCACAUUGGUCAACUGUUUCUCUCAUAGGUCAACUGUCAUCUUUUUGGGUUUAUCUUUUUCUGUUGGGUCAGGUAUUAGGAUCUAGUCUUCCUUGGGUCAAUUAAUCAUCAUUUGGGUCAACUGUUUCUCUCUAGGGUCAACCUUUGUAUUAUUAGGUCAAGCUUUUCUGUGUUGGGUCAGGUGUCUCCGUCUAUGAUAUACUCUGCAAUUCUAGAGUCAACUAGUCCUCCCGUGGGUCAACUCUUUCUCCCAUGGGUCAACUCUUUUUCUGCUGGGCUAACUAUCCCCCUGGGUUUCAUUUUAAAACAAACAACUUUCAAAUCUAAGUAUCGAUUAUUUUCAGCGCAAUCUGCCCUCUGACCUUCCUCCUCUGCACCAAAAAGGAGCUCAACAUGGAAACCCUGUUCUCAGUUUCAAAGGAAUGGAAAGAGCGCGCUAGAAUUGUUUCCAACGACCAUAAAAAUGUCGAGAAGCUUGAUUAUGCCGAGCUUUUCCUUCAUCAUGUCGCUGGAUCACCGACUCAAACCACAACAAAGACGGAGGGAGAUUCAACGGAAGGCACGAAACUGUCGGAUGAGAAGGCGGAAACGGUGGAAAAGGAAAGUGUAGCGCCAAAGCUGACUGUGAAUUCGACGGUGAACGAAAAUAAAACCACUUUGACUGUUGCCAAGAGUUCUGAUACGAAAUAA